AUGGGCAGAAAAGCCGGUGAGAGCAGCGGCGCCGGCCCGGGCGCGGCCGUCCCCUGGGAGAGCUUGUCUCGCUGGAAUUUGGAUGCAGAAGCGCUUGUUCCUGAAAAUAAAAGCCCCCCACCUGGGAGGGACAGCGCCGCAGGUGGUAAGAGAUCCCAGAUGUGUCUGCUUAUAUUUAUAAAUAUACGGAAACUUACAUCCCUAUUUGUAACAGGAACAACCACUCAUGUUAAAGGGGCUUGUUUUGAGUAUCACCAGUUUUAUGUAAAUUGUCAUCUUUUUCCCGUACACAUUCUUUCAGGCAAAAUUAACAAGACCCGCCCGGAAAUUCCAGCAAAGCAGCUCCUGCUGGAGCUCACUUUCUCAGAGUUCGUGCCCCAGAGAACACAGAAUAGUAAACGAGGGCUCUUCCAGCUGUGGAGCUACCCCGUGAGUGAAGCAGGCACCACGGAGCUCAGGGAUUUCAAAGUAUCUUCAGUGGAAACUGGCUGUAAUAUGACAAAUAAUCCCAUGAGGCUCUUCGGUAUGAACCCACUGACAGGUGCUUCAGUGGACAAGCGAGUUGGCUCCCACCCUGCACUGCGGGCACCACUGAGUCUCUGCCGUCCAUGUGCUGAUGGAGACUCUUUCAAGGACACGAAUGAGCCUCAUAUUAAUUUAUGCUCAACUCUAGAAAACAACAGUGGAGAACUUUUAACUGCUCCAAACUGGAAUCUGAAGUAUGGAAAUAGCAGUGUGGAGGAAAAUUUAACAGAUGAAAGUGAUUUAUCAGAAAAUGAAAAAGCAAACGAUGCUUUACUCAGCUAUUUUAAAAAGAUGGACCUGAACUUAAAGCCAGAAACAGUAGAAAAUGUUGAAGAACCUUUCACAGAGGAACUGAAUGAAGUAUUUCCAUAUCCUGAUUUUCUUCCCCCUCCUUUCAGUACUUUGGACUUGCACAAAUUAGCCCUCUCAAAAUCUGACAGUUGGAAAAUGUCAGUGGAGACGCCGGCCAGCUCCCUGGAGCUGCUGAUGGCUCGUUUGCUGGACAUGGAGAGACUUCAGCACCUGACCAUUCAGAGAGAAAGGCCGAGACUCCAGACCUCCUUCUGUGCCCCGGUCGCCACCGAACGACCCCCUUCCUCCAAAGCUGUCUCCAAAACGAGACAGCCCAAACCUCCUGAUGCUGUGGGGCUUCAAAUGGCUUGUGUAGAGAAAAGUCAUGAGAAAAUAAAAAACAGUUCUGGUUCUUACAAGCCUGAAUACCGUGCUCCCAAGUGGAACUGGAACAGCGCUGGCAAAUACAAGUGGAGUUCGAGGCCAGCUCUGAAAACCUCGUCCACCCCGAAACAGGCCAUUGCCGUCCAUGAUGACUUUAAGGAUCCCAGCAUCUCCGUUUUAAACCCAUGCCAAGAACUCACAAUCAAGCCCGCCCCUGUCCAGACGACUCAGCUGCUGGUUAAAACGGUCUCGGCCAGAUGCCUGCCGCCGAAGUCUCCUACACCGGUUUCACCCACACUCCUGUCUUUUCCUGAUGGUCACAGGGAGGAGAGCCAGGCACCGAGGGCCAAAAAGGAACUUUACCGAAAAGGUGUGGUGCUGGGCAGGCCAUUCUGUGUUCAGAAGCUGAACUGCUGUUUGUCACCUUCAUUAACAGCUAAGGGUAAGUGCUCACCCACUAACCAAAAAUAACCCCUCUCUUCUUUCCUGCAUCUCAACACGAGCAAAUCUACUCCAAGAAGCCUGGCUCAAAUAUGGUCCCUCCUUCCGAGAUACAGGUAUUACACAGUCACAAAUAUGGCUCCUCAUUGUGAGAUACAGGUAUUACACGCACACACACACACACUCGCUCACUCCUGUGCGUAUGCACACAGAAUCCCUGAAUGUGCUGUGGCGUGGAGCUUGUCAGAGCCCCAGCUGAGAUGGCUACACGUAA